CGCUUAGAUUAGACAUGGGCAUAUCCCAGCAGUAAAAUUGACACCGAUCUACUCCAUCAAGUGCGAACUAAUCUAGACCUUAUUAUUUGGAUCGUUAGGCCUAGAUCUAGAUCUAGAUCUAUUUUUACUCGGAUGAUAGAUCUAGGUUCUAGAAAUCUAUCGGGGAAGUGAAACAUAGCCUAGGCUUGAUCUUGAUCCUAGUCUUAAGUGCGAAGUAGAUUUUAGACUGGACUGAGGCACAGAUGAGUCAGUCGAUCCAUUGGCCUUGAUUCAAUAUCCUUGUCGGAUGGUUUCUGUUUUAUCAUCAUCAAGAGAAUUCUGGUCAAUGUGUUGUCAGAGUGAUUCUAUCUUGAUCCAGAAGUGUUUUCAAACAGACUACAAGACUACGGGAUUGAGAGGUUAAGACGGUUGAGAGUAAUGAGAGGCAUGAAACUUGAAAGUGAAAGCUUGUGAUAGUGCCACUGUUCUGUCCCCCUGCCCACCAAGUUGAUAUUAAAUUGAUCAGUUUGACUAUUGACUAGAGAUCUAUCUAGAUCUAGAAUCUAGAGCUAGAUUCUACAUCUGAGACCGAGAGAACAUUAUGUCACGUACAUGAUAGUAGUACAUAGAAUAGUUACUGUACAAUCAUCUAGAUUCUAGUCUACUACUAUCAUUGGUUGGUGCGCAGUAGAGAUCUAGAUUCUAGAUAUAUUGAUAUAUAGAUCUAGAUCUAUCUAGAUCUAGAUCUAGACCUAGAUAGUCUGGAUCUUUAUUCUUAGUCUAAUGGAUUCUGAAAGCACAGAAAUUCCUCAAAAAUAUACAAAUACAACUACAGAGACUGCUUUCCCAAGAGCAGAUCAAAAUGUUCUACAACUGGGUGCUGACUUGACAUCUGAUCCUGACGAGUCUACUGUAAUGUCAAAGAAAACCCUUACUCCUCGAGUACCUGGAGGAGCAAUGGCAGUAGAGGAAGAAAGAGAUGCUUUACGGCAGCAUGUCUCGAACUUAAAGGUUGUUCUCAAAGAAAUGUAUGACCAGUUAUCUGUGUACAAGAACCGCUGUGCAGGAGUAGACACUGUCAGUCUAAUGUUGCGAGAAUCCAAGAGGGACGUUAUAAAAUUAUCAAAGCAGUGCAAAGUGUUAGAGACAGCAGUAGCAAAUCUUCAGAACAGACUUUCAACAAAUGGAUUGUCGAGCAGUGUGAACAUCGAAGAAACUGAAUUGUUUGUGCCUGGUCCUUCAAAGCAAACUUUAGACAAUUUGGCUCGAGAGAAUGCAAGAUUAAGAAGUCAGUUGAAAAAUUCAGAAAAUCCAGCUGGCAAAAAGGUGACAGAGGAUGUACAAUCCAUGAAGGCCUCGUUGGAAAAACUUGAAGCUGAGAACAAUCAGUUGAAAGCUCAGCUAUUUGAAAUGGAAAAUAUGAAGAUGAGAAUAGUUCAACAAUAUGAAAUGGAACUGAAAACGCACUCAGAAAAUGUGGCUGUUACAAGAUCUGAUAUAAGUGUGGAGUGUAAAGAGACACAAACCUUCGACCUUCCACAAUCCUUGAUGGAAGUUUUGAGGACGUCUCUGAAACAAGUGUCAGAACAAUGUGUCCAGCUGCAAAGUCAGCUAGAAAAGACUCAGAUGGUGAAAGAAGAGCAGCAAAAGAGGAAUGAGACAAAUGAAAAGGAGCUCGGCAUAACAGAAGAGAAAUAUGCAGAACUGCAGCGUAACUAUGAAAAAGUUGUGUUGAUGAACCACCGAUGGCAGAGUCACAGUGAUAAUAAAGAGAAAGAGGUGCAUGCUCUUCAAGCCAGGAUCAGCGAACUGGAAGAAGCAGACCAGAUGAGUCACAUGAUCAAUGCGGCAACUGAUAAUUUGAAACAGGAAAUAACAUUGCUGCGAGUCCAUCUUGACCACAAGGAAGCUGAAAAUGUUCAACUAAGAAGAUCUGUCCAAGAAUGUGACAAGUUAAAACAAGAAGUUGCCGCUCAGAGGCAACAACCACAGUUUGACAUGAGCAUUGUGGAAAUACUAAAACAGCAAAUUCAAGUGUGUACAGAGGACUUCAAUAAUGAACGUAAAGACAGGGAGAAGGCUGUUAAUAAAGCAAAGCAGUUGCAGGAGGAGGUGAACAGGUUAUUAGCUGAGAACAAUGCAGUGAAAACUGAAUCUGACUUCCUGAAAAAGCAAAUGUUGCAUCAGACCAUCAGACCGGACUACAGCAGAAUGAAUCAGCUUCCUGUUUUCCAAGCCCGUGGUCAUCAGCCUGCAAUUCUAGCCAACAGAGCCUUGUUUGAUGUGAGAGGACGAGCUCCCGUCUCUUCAACAGGCUCAUCGUCGCUAUCGCCAUCCUCUUCUAUGUCAACACCUCCAGAAACACGAGAGGAAAACAAUGCUGCUGGAGGCCCCUACUCCCGUGGUAGUUCUCGUGACAGUGGAGUGGGCCCAGAUGAUCCGUCAGAACUUGCGACUGGAGCUCAUCAGUUGAGGAAUGCAGAACUGGAGUUCUUGAGUCUCCCUAGGAAUGUUGGGGGAGAUUCUACUGACGAAGUGCUAGAAGCAAGGACUGGGCUCACAUCUAUGCCUCCACCUCGCAGAAGGCCUCAGAAAAAUGGAGAAAAGGGAGAGUAUAUGACAUGUCCAAAAUGCAAUAAAGAGUUUUCAGAGAGUCAGAAUAAGGAUCUGUUAAAUCAUAUGGAGGUGUGCACAGACUAGAAUACUGCAUUACUGCCCUUAAGAUAUUUUGGUAGAGGCAUAGUUCGUGUACAAGAAAGUUUAUGUACAAGAUAGGUACAAUGUACUUUCAAAAGAUGGAUAGAAAUUUAUGUUAGGGGAAAAGGGUGGUGGUGUUGAGAAUAAGUAUUCUAAUGGGGUUUGUUUUCGCUUAGCAGCUCUUUGGACUCUUAAGAUUAAAACAUAGCCGAAAAUAAAGAGCAGCACAUGGGUGGAAUGUUAAUGUAUACAGAUGCUGAACUGUGGGUAUUGUUAAGUGUAGUUAUGUGUGUAUCCAUUUCGUCUUUGAUUUGUGUGCAGGAAUUUGAGAGUAAAGGAGUGGUCCAAAAAAAAAAAAGAAGAGAAAAAGAGGAAUGGAAAUGGGCUGAAUGAAAGAGGUGUGUGUGUGUGUGUGUGUAGAGGUCAGGGUAAUAAUAGAGUAUAAAGACUUCAAGGGGGAGAGAGAGGAAGAAAGAGAGAGAACGAGCUUAUGAGAGAGAGAAUCUAGGAACAGUGAAAGUUAUGUUGUUCUGAACUAUUUAAUCCUUAGCUUACCACAGUGCAGUGGGUCUCACAUAUAACAGUCUCGGUUGUUACAGGAUUUCAGAUAUACAAGGCUUGAAAUAAAUGUGCGAGUCCAAUCUCUUAUGUUGUAUAGCAAAAAAGUUGUUUUAUAGCAGGCAUUCGAACAGGCAUGCUGGGUUAUAACAGUCCUCCUAUCAUUGACAAAAUCAUUGUCCUAAAACAUACAGACUAAAAAAAUCAGAAAACAGGGAAUGAAGUAAAACAACAUCCAACAUGGUGAAUUGUACCCAGGUGAUCCACAGGAGACCAAAGUUGAUUGUGUACAUGUUGUAUGUCUUUACCAUGUGUCCAGGUGAUGGAGGGAGAAAGCUGGAUGCUCUUUUCUGUUGAUGCAAAUCUAGUGAAUUAUUUAGAGUGACCUUGGACUGGCACUACAUCAUCACAUUGUCUUCUCGUGGGGUGGCGGAGACUUGUUACAGGAAUUAAAAAUUGAAUGGAAAUGAAGGCUCUGGGUGCUAGUUAUACCACAGAUCUAUGUGUGAUCCUUUUCUCAGCUGUGGUAACUAUUCCAUUCUGAAUUAUUGUAAACACUAAAAUGCACAGAGCUUGCUGUAGACUAUGUGAAGCAAGGGUAUGCUCUAUUUAAAGGUUAUUACAGUCGGGCUUGGAUGACUCAGAUACGUUGGGGAUUGGCAAAUGUGUUCAACACAUCCACAAUUCGGGUAAACAUACAGCGAAAAAUCAAAGAUAUAUGUGAGGUAUCUUGGUGAAAUUAGGCGCUUGUCAAAAUAAUGAAAUAAAAAAAUUUGGCAUUUAUAUGGCUGUUUGGCAAUUUAAAACAAAUUUUCCUUUUUUGGCUCUACACCUUUUAUGUAAUUUAAAAACGUAUAUUUAAUGGUGGAUUUUACUGAAAGAUGCCGAUCAAAGGCACAACAAAUGUCAAUUUGCAGUUUCCAAGGACUCUCCAGCUUUGGAUGUCACAAAACUUUGGCGGCCAUUUUCGUACUAAUUUUACCUCUGAAACCGGACUAUCCACUCCUCAUUCAACUUCUACUCAAGAUUGAUGGGUAAUAUUUUCAUUAAAAGCAAUGCAAAUAAGCAAGCUUUAAGAUGAUAUCAAUAACUCCAUGUGCCUAAAAAUUGACGCGCGCCUGAUUCCACUGCGUCGUGACCCAUAUCAGUAUCAGUCUGGGAAUGGCAAAUUGUACAAGCUGUCCAUGAUUUUGAGUUUUCAGUGUUCAUAUAAUCUAUGCCUGAAUGUAAUAUUAUCAGUGAAAGUAUUACCCGUGCAUCUCAAAUUACGGUUUGUCUAGUCAAUUUCGACAAGUUUUAGAUACUACAAAAAAUAAAAUAAAAAUGAGGGGAAAAAAUACCACAGGAAAGGAAAGAACAAUAACUGUCGAUUGGUAGUGGGUAAUUGAUGUAAUGAAAAUGAUCUCAUUCGUUAAUCAUUAGUUGCAAUGUAUGUAAACUUAGUCCUUGUCUAUAAUAGGAUUCAGCUAUAACGGGGAUAUCGUGUCGGUCCCAGCAGUCCUGUUCAGUUAUAGCCAUGGCCCCCUCUACUUGUAUUGUACUUGUACUCAAAAGUCUUAUAUUUGAUAUCUGGUUGUUACUUGUACAUCGAUUCAAUAUAACUUUCUACUCUGAUCCCAAUUGUGCAUAAACUAUUAGGUAUCUUAUUAUUGUUAUUAAUUGAGGUAUCUUAUUAUUGUUAUUAAUUGAGGUAUCUUAUUAUUGUUAUUAAUUGUAAUUUCUUUUUCUGUUGGUUUGUGCUUAUUAGUUUUUGUUUAAGGUGCUUAGAAACUUAUUUUAAUGGUCAAAAUGGUUGUCUGUUGGUUUGUGCUUAUUCAUUUGUAUUUAAGGUGCUUAGGAACUUAUUUUAAGACUUUGCCGCCUCAUUUGGCCAAUUGGCGAUGUUUUCCACCCAAUUUCUUUGGAUUUUCCCACAAAUGCCUUUGCCUUUGAUGGCAAGAGUUUUUACUAUAUGAGCAUUGUGGCGGCAAAGUGUUAAUGGUCAAAAUGGUUGUCACAGCUUUUUAAAAAUUGAGAAAUGAACAGCAAAAGUGGUAGGUUAGUGUUUCAUGGACCUCGAUAUACUGGCUUGCUUUGCAAAUCAUAAUUUGGAAACUUUGUCCUUUAUAUGCAGAUCACUAACUCUGUGGUUCAAGAAAAUCCUUCGCUGUGAUGAGAAAAAAUAUACUUGAGAAAUCUUUUUUUUUCUGUACAAGAAAGAUGUUUUUGGUCUUGACAGGAAGCGUUCUAGUGUGUUAACUGAAAAUAUGUCAGCUUUUGUAGAAAGUGAGUGUUUGUGGACAAAAAUGACUUUACAUUAUUUAGUGUUUCAGAUGAUGAUACCAUUGAAAUAUCUAUCACCAAACCACAGCAUAGUACAGUUGAAUAAACAGCAAAAUGCUGGAUGAGUGAGUGAGAGUGCUUGUCAUUGCCUAUUUUUAUUUUGUUUUUAUCCCCCUCAGUGUGUGUGUGUCUAUUGAAUUGUGAGUACAUCACUACUACUAUUCAUUCAGAGCAUGUUAAUUUCUUCAUGUUGCAGUAGAUGGAAAAGAGAAAAAGGAGGGGACUGUGGAUGCAGAUGUAGGUUUGUAAAAUGCGAAUAUUUUCUUAUGCAGCUUUAUACGUACUACAGGUUUGAGGUUUUUUCUAGCCUGUGUAUGUCAGUGUUUGGAGGGUACAAAAUGCAAGCUAUUGAUUUUCAAAAUUGUUCUUGCAAGACCAUUGACAUUAUAUUUGUGUCUUGAUUUUUGUGUUAUAUGUUUUAGAAAACUUUUUGAAUGUUAGUACCUAUACAGUUAGUGAGAUAAAUUGCAAAGAGAAAGUGGACUUGUGUCCUGCCUAAUAAAUGUCAACAGCAGUGUGAUAUAAUUGGGAGAACCAAAAAAACUUAAAAUAAGCUACUGAAAUUUCAGUAAUCUUAUAGCUUUGAGUGAGUGCUUAGUCCUACAAUCUAUUCACUAAACAUAUGGCUAGAUCCGCGUGACAAGAUACUGUGCAUUUCAGUUCGGUCAUCUCUAUAGUUUCAGCUGAGAAGGAUGUUAAAUUGUCUCUACAUUUCCUAUUUUUGGCAAAUUGCCAGUAAGAAGGGCAUACGAAGCAGGAAUGUUGGCAAUAGCUGAGGCAGUGCUUCUGUGGUCAUCUAAUACCAGUUUUGAUAGUGCAGUUCAGUGUCAGUGGGAGAGUGCCGACACACUGGAUCCUGUUUCAGUUUCGCUUUCGAGUGCUGACCUUGGUGAACCCGCCGUACGUCACCUGAGAGAAUGAGAUGGCUUUUGUUUCAAUAUCAGCACUACACUGCGUCAUGUUUCCCGUAUGUUUUCAAUACUGAGAUGAGUUCGGCUUUCCAUUAAGUCGAAAGCACCAAGGGCAACACUAAAAUUUUCAGUUUCCCUUCUGGCAAAAAGGAGUACCCUCGCAUUGCACUGGAUAAUUUUUAUUCAAUUAACAUGGAAGCACUCAUUGCUGCUUUUGAAACAACAGAGGAAAGCUAUUCUAAUAGAAUAUAUAAACAAGCAAUGGAAGGAGGUUGGCAAUGAGCUGUAGAUCUAUCCCUUUUCUCACAGAGCCCCACAUAUAUUCAUAAUCAGAAAAUUGAAAAUCUUUUUUGGAGAAGCCCCCCCCCUCUCUCUCUCUCUCUCUCUCUCUCUCUCUCUCUCUCUCUCUCUCUCUCUCUCUCUCUCUCUCUCUCUCUCUUUUUUCACUAUGCCCUAUUUGUGUCAUAUACAUGAAUUUAUAAUGUCGUGCCUGAAACAAACUGAAUACAAAACGUGUGGCAUCCAGAAUGUAAAAUGUGGUCACUCAGCUGAAUGAGAUUACUUAUAUUAUUUAGUAAGUGGAUGUGGAUUAAUAUUUUGACUUGACUCUAAGUGAUGCGAUGAAUGUAAUCUCAACCUUAUGCAGAGAAUUGCAGAUAAUUAUUUGUAUUUAGUACAAAAUGUUAUAAGAAAUUCAACACCACUGCCGCUAGUGAUGAAUGUGUAGUGUGAUUUAGUAUAUUUAUUGUAUUAUCUGACUCAUUUCUGAAUAGAAAUGGCCAACAUUUCUCAUGUGAUUCAUUUUGAGGUGACGGCAUUUUUGGAAUGGUUAUUCCUGAAACUAUGAAACCUGCAGAGAGAUCUAGCAUUAAGCUCAUAGAAACUUGAAGUGUUAUGUAAUAUUUUCCUUGCAAUACAUGGUUAUUUGUCAAUUUGUGAAGUUAAAUUGAAGUAUGCUAAUGUCAUGUGUUAAUUAAUUAUUUCUAAAAUUUUGCACUUCAUAUAAUCAAGAACCGUCACAGUUUUAUUUCCUCAUGGAUAUAACAUUCUCCCAUGCUAACAGAUGUGAACUUUUUCUUAAUCUUUCAAAACGACCAUCCUCUGUGAAUUUUAAGGCCAAUAUGUUUUAAAGUAGUUCUUGAAUUAUGAAACAUACUUUGUGGAAUUUUUUUUGGUUGGUGGAAGAAGCAUACAAUUUCUUUCUUGCAAACUGAUCAAAAAGUUAUUGAGACUCUAUUUCAAGCCUAUUUAAUUAUGCUGCUAAAGUAAAUCAUAUUUCGGCCCGUAUUAAAUUUUUGCACUAGCAGAUGAAUUUUGUUAACUAGAUAUCUGGUAUGUAAAAGGAAAAAUGUGGACUUAUUUCUUAUUGUGAUUAGCAUGUUUUUCUCCUCAUUUGGCUAAGAGUCCUAUACAAACCAGUGAGAGUAAGUAAGGCAAGAAGAGGUUAAGUUCUAUGAAGAGGAACUUAAAGUUUGUCUUGCACCCAAUUUGUGAUCAAUGUAGGCCCUACUCUUCAUAAAACCUUGUGUCUCAUAAAUGUGUCUUUUUAAUUUUGUAAAAUGUUCGUAUCACUUUUUGUUUGUUUGAAAAAAUAAAAAAUAAAUUUGUAUCAACUUUC